AUGUCUCUCGAUGACAUUCCACCCGCCGAUCCGGUCUCGCCGCCCUCGCCAGCUAGCAUAUCCUCUGUAGACUCUGACAUCGACGACGACAUGGUGCGUCUCAGCGACAUCAACACAGUCGCGCACCUGUACAAGACAGCCGUGCUCAAGAAGCUGGCAGCUGAUAAGCUCCGGCACCCAGUGCGACCUGAUCUCCUCGACCGUGUGGCCCUCUUUCAGGGCGAUAUCACCACGCUCAAGAUCGACGCGAUUGUCAAUGCUGCCAACCGCAGUUUGCUAGUCGACGGCGCGAUCCACUCUGCAGCUGGGCCGAAGCUUCUGGAGGAAUGUCGUGGAUUGAAUGGAUGCGCGACUGGAGAGUCCAAGAUCACGCGAGGAUACAACCUGCCCGCACGACACAUCAUCCACACAGUUGGACCCGUGUAUUCGAGCAAAUUUGUUGAGGAGAGGGCCGAGCAGCUUGAAUCAUGCUACAAAACAAGUCUGCAACUGGCCGUGGAGAAUGGACUGAAGCACAUUGCAUUUCCUUCGGUUUCUACGGGAAUCUAUUCCUACCCCAUCGUUGAUGCCACACGUAUUGCUCUGAACACCGUCAGAGCAUUCUUAGAUACUGAAGUCGGCAACAAGCUGGACAGAGUUAUUUUCGUAGUUUGGAGUGACAAGGAUCUGGGUGUUUACGAGACUCUUAUUCCUGAAUACUUCCCCAUUGGUGAUACGCCGGCAGAAGACAGUGCAGAAAAGAAAACUGAUUCUCCGGCCGACGACACUAUAGAAGUGGAAAAGAAGUCUGAUGCUGCUGUCUCCGAACCUGACCAGCCUGCUUCGUAA